AGAGGCCAACACAAGGCUACCGUGUAGGUGUUUUCUUUUCCUCCAACUGUUUCCUCCAACACUACACCUACUUUUCUUUACUUCUCUUCUCUCCAACUCAAACAUUUAUUUCUUCCUUCUCCGACAAGUUCUAUAUCUUCCUUCCUUUCAUUCAUCUCUCGUUAAUCAAUCUUUACCCUUCCCUCUUUGGUUUGGUAUCAACCGUUUCUUUCGUGUUUUCUCUAGUGCUACGGAACCCAACCAAGUUAGUUUGAAGGUUAUUGUGAUUGGUUGAGUAUGACUUCUCAGCUGAGGAAUGGAAGUGGGAGUUCGAGCUCAAGUUUGAACAGCAUAUUUCUGGAAACAGAGGAUGACCAAACAAUUGCAAGCAUAUUAGCAGAGGACGAAAAUCUCAGGGCAGAGAACAAGCUUGGAAAGAGACUUUCACAUUUAGAUUCCAUUCCGCACACUCCCCGCGUUAAUGGACAAAUUCCUGAUGUAAACGAUGCAACAGCAGAUCACGAGAGGCUGUCUGAAAGGUUAGUUACAUAUGGUUUGGCAGAACUACAGAUGGAGGGUGAUGGGAAUUGCCAGUUUCGAGCUUUAGCUGAUCAGCUAUUUGGCAAUCCUGAUUAUCACAAGCAUGUAAGGCGACAGGUUAUAAAGCAGCUAAAGCAUCACAAAAAAUUGUAUGAAGGUUAUGUACCAAUGGAAUACAAAAGCUACUUGAAGAAAAUGAAAAAAUCAGGGGAGUGGGGAGAUCAUGUUACUCUACAAGCAGGUGCAGACCGUUUUGAUGCCAAAGUUUGUUUAGUCACCUCUUUCAGAGACACUUGCUAUGUUGAGAUUCUUCCAACUGACAAAAGUCCCACCAGAGAGCUAUGGCUAAGCUUUUGGAGUGAAGUGCACUAUAACUCAUUGUACACUACCGGAGACGUUCCUUCGAGAGUGCCAAGAAAAAAGUUUUGGCUCUUCUAGACUGAUGGCAAUCGGCAGAUAUCUGAAUCACGUGAAGAACUGACUUAUAAUGGGCGAAAUGUUUUUUUAACUUAUUGUUCUUUUAUACUGAGUAAGCCCGUCAUUAGUCUCCCUCUCCUUUAGGGAUAAACCAUAGUUUAUGCAUAAUAUUUAAAAAUUACCUUGUACAAAUCACGUAAGUAUAACUAAACUCUGAUUUAUUAUUGUACAGUUCUUAUUUUCUACCAAGUGGAGUGUAAUAUUUAUCUCUUUCAACUUA